UUAAUAUUUCUAAACAAACAAUUUUUACGAAUGUGCGGUUUGAAAAAAUGGCUUCUAUCUGCGGAUCGCUUGCCCGUGUGCACACUAAAAAGGCACUUAGUUUUAAUACCGGACGUUGUCUGUCUUCUUUACUGGAGCACAGAUGCCCCCUUAAACAGUCAAAGUGUCAUUACAGUGAAGUUAAACAUCAGUAUGCCCUCGAGACUGCUAUCUCACGCAGAAAAGUUGCAUACCUUAAAGAGUUGUAUCAUAGAAGAUUAGAAGUUGGUCCUGAGAAAGAGAGGCAUCCUUCUGUAUAUGGCUGCUGGAGUCAUGAUGCAGAGAUCUUUGCCUUUUCACAAAGACUUGGUGAAAAUUUUGAUGAAAAUCUCUUGAAAGAAGCCUUUGUUCAGCGAUCAUAUGUAGAACAAGAAGCUAAAAAACAGAAGGACCUUGGUUUAGAUACAGAAAUUGACUUGAGAGACAACGUUGAACUGUCAGAGAAAGGUCAGAAAUUAGCAAGCAGGUUUAUAAAGGCUUACCUCAGAUAUUCCUAUCCACAGGCAUUCGAAGAAAAAAUAUGUGCUAUCCAUGACUUCCUGAUGUCUAAUGAGACAUUAUUACAUGUUGGUACUAACCUUGGUUUACGAGAACUCAUGCAAACAGCUGAGUACCCACCAGAAGAUGACAACUAUAUUACCACAUUGCUUGCUGUCAUUGGUGCACUGCUAGAAUCUCAGGGAGAGCGUACAGCAGAGAUGUUUGUGUUAGACUUCAUCAUAUCUCAGUUGAUAGGAACAGACAUCAAUGAAAUCUGGAGAGUUGAUAAUCCAAUGGGUAUACUUGCAAAAUUAUUAAAGGAAUCUGGUAGAGGGGAACCAGAGUCCAGACUGUUGUGGACAUCAUCAAAAAACUCUCUCAUGCCAGUGUACCAUGUUGGAAUUUACAGUGAUAAAAAGCUGAUUGGAAAAUCACCAGGGGAGUCUAGUGUCAUAGCUGAGGAACUAGCAGCAAAGGAAGCCCUUAAACAUUUCAUGAAGAUGGAAGAUAGCAGAGCACCAUUAAUGUUUGGUGAUGAAAUAAAAGAUAUCCAAUUAGACUAUAAUAAACUGAACAGGAGUGUGUCAGAUAUAAUUGGCUCUUGAUAAAAACCUUUAACUGUUUAAAAAAGAUUCUUUUUUUACUUGAGAGAGAGGUCAUUAAAAAAAUUGUGAUAACUUUUUGAUUUAGACCUUUGAAUCACAAUGGAACUAGAAGUUUAUUAUUGUUUCUGUGACCAUGAAAACUUCAAGCUAGAUGCACUGAUUAAGAAACUAAGUGGAAUUGUGUUCUCUGUAUUAAAAAUACACUUAUGUUGAGUAUAAACAGUGGUUCAGUUAACAAUCAUUGAAGCUUGUUCGUGGUUUUCAUUUUACAUUAAUCACAGAUCAAUUAAAUUAUUUAAAAUC